AUGCGAAGAGACUUAUUUGUCAAGAUCGUUGAUGCGAUGAGCAACUACUCACCCUUUUUCACAUUGAGGAGUAUGAUUACCAUUUAUGGUGAUCGAUAUUUGAGGACUCCAAAUGCAGCAGAUACUGAACGCUUGCUACAGAUGCAUGAAGAAAUACAUGGCUUCCCGGGAAUGCUGGGAAGCCUUGAUUGCAUGCAUUGGGAGUGGAGGAAUUGUCCAGUCGCAUACAAAGGAUACUACACACGAGGCGAUCACGGAGUUCCUACAAUAGUUCUUGAAGCGGUGGCAUCAGCAGAUUUGUGGAUAUGGCAUGCUUUCUUUGGCGUCGCCGGAGCAAGCAAUGAUAUCAAUGUUCUUCAUGGAUCUCCAUUAUUUAAUCAAUUCCUUCAUGGAAAUACGCCACCAGUUCAAUUCACGGUGAAUGGUCGGACGUAUAACAAAGGAUACUAUCUGACAGAUGGAAUUUAUCCGACAUGGGCUUCAUUCGUCAAGAGUUAUCCAGCACCAGGAGAUCCGAUGAGACAAAAAUUUGCGCAGAGACAAGAGGCUGCAAGAAAAGACAUCGAACACGUGUUUUGA